CUGGUAUACAAAUUGUUGUGACUUUAUAAUGCUAAAAGUUACACACUUUCCACUUACAGCCGUUUUGUAACACUAACAUUGGUUAAAUCUGAUAACAAUGCAAAGUCCAUAGGUAAUAUCUAGGUCAUUAUUUCAUACUACGUAUUUAAUUGAAGACUAGGUGUUUAAGGAAUUAUCGUAAUUGUUGGUCCAAAAUAGGACGCUCGUAGGCUUUUAGGAAAGCUACGUAAGGACACUCAAGCAGAAAUCAGGAAAGCAAUACGAAUAAGGAAAGUAGCUAGAGAGUUUGAUAGCCAGAAAUAACUUCUCCAUUAUUUGAAUCCAACUUGCCUUAUAUAGGCGAUUACAAAUGGUAACUGCCAAACGUUAUAAUGGCUAAUUUAAUUACCAUGUUAAUACAUAAUUAAUCACAUAAAUAAAUAUCGUAUUAAUGCCUGGCCGUUACUCUUCUCUGGUUGGCUGGCCGUUGCUCUUCCCUGGCUGGCAGGCUGGGCGCUCGGGCUCCCUGGGCGACAGGCUUCUGCUGGGCCGGAAUCAGGCUCCUCGCUAGACCGAAGACGGGCUUCCGGUUGGGCCGGUAGGCAGGCCGUCUUGGGCUUCUGCUCCGCCGGACUUCCACUCCCUGAUGGGCCCGGUCGGUUGGGUCGACCUGAUAUCUGAUCGCUGGGUUCACUAGAUGGGCUUGCCUGGCGAGACAACAGCCGUGGGCUUGGACCCGCUGAUCCAAGUUUGGGGCCAAGUCUGAUUAGGCAUUGGGCCUAGUCCCAUAAUCCCAUCACGAGUCCCCCACUCCCUUAGUCGAGUAGUAGACUCGGCUAAGAGGGAGUAGUCCAAGUCAGCCGUCAAUUAGAAAAUAUUCACAUACCAGUGAGCAAUAAUUGCGGAUUCUGUCAAAUCCACAAUUUAUGGAAAUUUUCCAAUUUUAAAUAAAGCUCUCAGCUUAAAAAGGCUUCAAAUUAAUUCCCUCAGCAUCCCAGCAUUCCAACAGUCAGCUUUCUUCCAGGCUUCAGAAUCCAGGUCAGCUUCCGAAAAUUCCUGAAAUUCAUCAUAAUUAUUUUUUUGUAAUUAUUUUCGGACUAAAUUUCUUUCCUUUUUUUUUCUUUUCCCCUUUUUUCCUUUUCUUUUCUUUCCUUUUCUUUUCUUUUCUUUCCUUUCUUUUUCUUUCCUUUCUUUUCUCUUCUCUCCCCUGGUUUCCUGCGCGCGUCUUCCUCGCGUCGCCCGCACUGCCUCAGCGCCGCAGUCAACCCAAGCAGCGGGCUGACCGCCGCUUUCCCUCCGGCGGCUCCACUGGGUUGACCCCGCCGUGCUAGGCGGCUGUCCCGCGCCGUCCACCGGUCUGAGCGAGUCCGGCCUGACAGUCCGGCACAUCUGGCCGGCCGAUCUGAGUGGGCUGACCGCCGUUUUUCCUCCGGCGGCUCCACUGGGUCGACCCCGCCGUACUAGGUGGCUGUCCCGCGUCGCCCACCGGUGACGAUGCCGCCCUGGCAGUCCGGCAAGCCUGGUCGGCCGGUCUGGCCUACUACCGCGUCCGGCUGGUGUGCCUCGCAUGGGCCGGCGGCCACCCCCUGCCGGUCGGCGUCUCCCAGAGGUAGGCUUCCCGGCGGCUGGGCGCCCUACUUGUCCAUCUCUCCGGCGCUCAGGCUGUUCGGAGAGCUGCCACCGUGUUCUCUCCCUCCUUGGGUUGGCGGAAAUCCAUGCACGCGUAUGAUGACCGGGUCCACCUUACUGCCGGCUGCCGGUGGUGCCGGUUCCCUCCCCCUAGUUGGGCGAUGAGCCAGACUGGGUCUUCUUUCCGCGUCGCCCGGCGCUUGGUUGUUUUACUUCUUUGUUUUGCCUUUGCAGGUUUGGCUUCCCCUUCCGCUCUUGAAUCAUGCAAGGCAUUGGGCGCUUUCCCCAUAAAAACGGCGGCCAAGACUCCCCUUCAGCCAUGCAAGUUGUAGCCGAGCCCCUCCCCAAGCCAUCAGACUCGGGACUACCAGCCAUCACAGAAGGAAAGCGUGGGGUGGCCGCGAGGCCUGUGCGGGUUAGCCGUGGCGCUCGACCACAUACGCCUGCGGGGGAAGCCACUGGUCAGCAGGUCGACGUCUUCCCAGAGAUGGCACCAGCUAGGCGGGCCACUACUCCUGAUAGCCAGCAACUGCGUGUUCCAAAUAGAGCACGAGCGCAACAUGUGGUCGUGUCAGAUUCUGAUGAGGAUUCGAGUGCUCGGGAGGACCCGAAUCUUUGGUGGGGCCUCGAUAAUAGCGGGGUGGCGAACCUCUCCCCUCAUAUCCAGGACGAGGACCUUGCCGUUGCCUACAGCCUGAUCGGUGCCAAUUGUUCAUUGAGAACUCCGGAGGCUACUGAGGUACUGAGUGAUCCCCCAGUCCAUUACUUCGGGGUCCAUAUUCGCUCUCUGGAGUUAGGGAUGGCUGUGCCUCUGCAUCCUUUUCUGGUUCGGUUCCUUCUCUUCUUAGGUGUGGCCCCGGGCCAACUGGCUCCGGCGGCUCAUAUGUUCGUUGCAGCUUUUGUAGCGCGAUGUGAGGAUGUGGGCCUCACCCCCACAAUCAGUUUGUUUUUUAGCUGCUUCCAGUGGCGCGCCUCCAGCUUUUUUGCCUCAGUUUCCCAGAGGCCGGUGAGCAAGCUAUUCCGGCCGGGUUACCCUGACUCAGGUAGCCGAUGGAAGAAGAGGUGGAUCUGGGUGUCCGACCCCACCCUUCUGUCACCUCCAUUUCAGUGGGGUGAGCGGCUCCGGAAGUGUGAUCGGGUCGCCCUUUCCCCUGACCUCAAGUCAUCCAUCGAGAUGUUGUCCACAGGCGGUCCCCGCUCCAUCAGCUCAUACUUAGGUGAUCGUCACUCCCUCACUUUAGGUUUGGCUACUCUGUAUUUCACCUUUCUCAUCCUCACAUUUUUCUUCCGCAGGUGUGCCUGAUAGGCCUGAGAAACCUAUCGUCGGUGCCGAAUCUGAUGACGAUGACGAAGAGGCCCAGCCAUUCAUCGCUCGUGCAAUUCCCACAGCCACCAAGGAAAAAGAGCGUGGAGCUCCCCCAAACCGUGUAGCACAGAUUCCGAGGAGGGUGAGGGUUACCUUUGGGCCUCAGCCUGUCGCACCAGCGAAGAAGAAGCAGAAGAGGGAUAUUGUCGACUUACUGGUCGAAUUGGAUGAGUCUGAUGACGAGGAGGUGGAGCCUCAUGUAGCCGCUGCUCCUGUGCUCCCCCAGGUCGCUGCGGGGAAAGGGCACGGAGCCCCCCCGUGCCGAGAGGGGCAUGUUUUGGAGGGGGCGACUGUCACCCCGGAAUUCCAAUCCACCGGGCCGGUGCAUGAAGAUGCUGGUGAGAGGAUGACUCAGCACACAGUUGCUUACACAUUCCCAUCUCCGAGUGCCUCGAUCAUGCACGAGGGCUUCCCGGUUGUGGACUAUGCUUCAGCGAUCUUGCCGCCGGGUGACCUCGCACGUAUGACCUCCCAGGGGUUUCAACCCCUCUUGGAGGGUUCCAUUCGGACCCAUGUUGAUGUGAGUGGCCGAUCACAUCUCCGGCAUACUUUGUUUUACCCCUCGAUUCCAUCAUAUUUUGUUUGUUUUGUUUCGCAGGGACUUGCUAAGACCAUUGGGGCACUUUGGGCAGCCAACCAUUCUCAAGCAAAGCUCCAGCGUGAGGUUGAUGAAGUUAGAGCCGCCCUACAGGCUAGGGAGAAAGCCUUCUCCGAGUUACAACUUUUGCAUGCAAGAGAGCGUGAAGAAGUGGCCAAGAAGGCGAUUCUCGAGUUCAAGGCCUCCGACGAAUUCCAGAAAACCAUAUCUGACAGAGUGGAAGCGAAGGAAUCUGACUUAGUAAAUAAGUGGCUGAAGACUGACGAGGGGGAGUACUGGCAUGCUCGUGAAGUUCUGUACGCCUUUCAGAGUGGCAAGUACCUGACACAGCAGAAAUUGUAUGAUCAGUUGGAGGGUCUCGGCCCUGACUUCUAUCCAUCCGUGCUAGGUCUUCCUGCCCGCAUGAAGAAACCUGAAGCUGCAAUAGCCCUCUUGCCCCCAGGAGUCUACCGCCAGGAGGAGGAGUCCGGUAACUCGAACGAAUGGUGCUGGUUCUUUCCAAGACCUUCGGAGGACAUGGUCCCCCUUGCAUCCGGUCAGCAGGAGGGAGCUCAAGAGUCCGGCCAAGACUUGGUUGCCAUGUUAGAUGAGAUUCCCGAGGCCAAUGGUGAUGGGCAUGUCCUGCCAUGACUUUGUAUUUUGCAUUUUCCUUGUCUUCCACUUGUACACGUGUUUUGACUGAAUGUUUAAUUAAUUCACACAUUUCUUUUCAUAUACUUUGCGUUGCGAAUACUUAAGCAAUUUAAUCGGGGAUCCGGCUUCUCUAACUUCCCAGGGGGCGAUUAGGCUGGCGUGGCCAAGCCUAUCCACGCCCCUCCUGGUCAGAUAGAAGUGAUCUGUUCGCUGUUGAUAUGGAAUCAACAAGUAUGCGACUUGUUCGGCCAGCAAGGUCGGACAUUGAACUUACAAGGAGGACACUUAGGUCGGCACCCCGACGUUCAUGACCCGGGGGUCAGUCCUACUAUCGCCUUGACCCGUCCAGUUCGCCCGGACUUGGGGAAUAAUCUGGUUACUCCCGCGGGGUUAGCCAAACAACAGGGGCGGACCCUGCAUGAUCCACCAGAACGGACCCGCACCGCCAACUCGGAGAUGGCGAGAGUGCGAGCUGCUUGGCCAGCGAUGUCGGGUUGCGAGCGCUCAAAGGGGGGACCCAGAGGUCGGCACCUUGGGCGCUCCCGACCCGGGGAUCGGCCCUACUAUCGCCUCAACCGUCGCGGUUAGCUCUUUACUUUAGAAAAUUGCUUGGAUUCUUGAAAAUCGAUGGGCCAUUUUCAGUUCAAGAGCCUGACCGAGGUCGGCCAAACACCGAGGGGGGGCAUAGUAUCUUUUUUUUUUUUGCCGCCGCCCUUAAUUGCUAAGUGAGGUCGGACCUCUUUUGAAUGCAAAAUAUCGCUAGCAAAGUAUAUUGAAUUCAUAAUGUGGGCGGACCACAUGAAGAAUUACAAAUUGUAAUCCUGUGCCCAGAGCACAGGAGUUCAUAAAGAAAAGGUGACACUUCAGUUCUCUACUGAUAAAACUUCAUCAGAUGCUCAGCGUUCCAGACACGAUCUACCAGCCGGCCUGUUGUCGUCUUCAAUUUGUAUGUCCCGGGUCCGACCACAGCAUCAAUCACGUAUGGGCCUUCCCACUUGAUGGAAAGUUUGCCUCCCUCCGCCGGCUUGCUGGCCUUCCUACGCCUUAAGACGUAAUCACCAACGUCAAAACUCCGGGGCUGGGCUCGGCUGUCCUGGUACGCCUUGACUUGGCGUCGAUAGUUUUCUGCUUUGACGAAGGCCCGGUCCCUCCUUUCCUCAAUGAGGUGGAGCUCGGCUCGGAGCCUCUCCUCAUUGCUAGCUGGUUCGAACUCUUCCAUUCGUCGGCUGGGGACUACGGCCUCGAACGGUGCCCUUGCCUCAAAGCCAUAACACAAGGCGAAGGGGGUCUCUCCGGUUGCCUUCCUUGGGGUUGUUCUGAAGGUCCAGAGUAUAUUGUUCAACUCUUCCACCCAGGCAAUCCCGAGGGCCUCCAACUUCUUUUGCAACCCAUCGACGAUCGUCCUGUUAGUGUUCUCCACCUGUCCAUUUGCCUGAGGGUAGCAAACCGCCACCCGGCUGGAUUCUACGCCCCACUCUGCGCAGAACUGUCGGAAGGCUUCGCAGUCAAACUGCCUUCCGUUGUCGGAUAUUAUUUGGAGGGGAACUCCGAACCGGCAAAAAAUAUUCUUCCAAAUGAACUUCUUACACUGGAGAUGUGUGAUGCUGGCGAGCGGCUCAGCCUCGACCCACUUCGUGAAGUAGUCCACCGCGACGAUUACAAACUUCCGGUUUCCCGACCCGGUUGGCAAGGGACCGACCAGGUCGACGCCCCAUCUCGUGAAUGGGAGGGCGGUGCUGAUCGGUGUGUACAUCGUCGCUGGCCGGCCGGGGCUCUUCUGGAACUUCUGACAUGUCUCACACCUCCUUGCAUAAUCGGCACAGUCUCGCAUUAUCGUCGGCCAGAAGUAACCCUGGAGAACAACCUUCCUGGCAAUCGUGCAUGCCCCCUGGUGGGCGGAGCACACGCCCCCAUGGAGUUCGGAGACGAUCAUGUCCGCUUCAUGCGGGCGCAAGCACUUUAGCAACGUCCCAUUGUAGGACCUUUUGUAUAGCUUCCCGUCCAAGACGACGUAGCCCGGAGCUCGUCGGCGGACUAGCCUUGCUUCAUCCUCCCUGUCAGGCAGCGUCCCAUCGGCGAUGUAACGCAGGAGGUCGUCCACCCAGCACCAGGCGACCGGUUGCAAGGGGAGGACGUUGACGGGCGGUGAGGCUGCUAUGCUUGAAGUUGUCAUCUCCUCAAUGCGUGCAAUUCUCGAAAUGUGUUCGGGCAACCCCUGGGACAGCUUUGAGAGGAGAUCAGCGUCCGAGUUUUGAUUUCUCGGGACGCAAACCAACUCUGCCUGCUUGAACAGCCCGAGCAAUUCCCGGACAGCAUCUCGGUACUUCGUCAUUCUUUCCUCCUUUGCUUCGAACUCACCUUUAACCUGUGAAACGACCAGCCGAGAGUCACAUUUGACCGUUAUCCAUUCUGCUCCCAUGGCGGCUGCUAGUCGCAGUCCGGACAAUAGGGCGUCGUACUCCACCUCGUUGUUGGAGACUUUGAAAAGAUAACGGUAGGCAUAGUAGGCCCGAAAUCCCUCAGGGGAGAUGAGGACGAUUCCGCCCCCACAUCCCUUUGCUCCGGCCGACCCGUCUGUUGCUAAGGUCCACCACUGCUCAUCGCUCUCCUGUUGUUUCUCUGUCACCUCCCGGGCCGUACACUCCACGAUGAAAUCGGCCAAAGCUUGGCCCUUGAUGGAUGUCCGAGGCUGGAAGUCGACCUCAUACUGACUGAGGAGCAUCGACCACUUCACCACCCGCGCUGUGCCGGGCGCCCUCAGGGCUGCUCCUAGAGGUUGUUCCGACAGGAUUCGGAUUGGAUGCGCCUGGAAGUAGUGUGUCAACUUCUUCGCGGUGAUGUAAGCGGCAUAGAUCGUCUUUUCGAGCGGGGUGUACCGGAGCUCGGCAUUCUGGAGGGUUUUGCUUACAUAGUAGACGGGACGUUGAACGCCUUCUUCUUCACGAACCAGCACGGAGCUGAUCGCGCCUUGAGAAACCCCAAGGUACAGGAUCAGCGUCUCCCCCCUUUCCGGCUUGCUGAGUAAAGGCUCGGAGAGGAGGUAUUUCUUCAAGUCUUCGAAGGCUCGCUGGCACUCAUCAGUCCAGACGAAACCAUUUUGCUUCUUUAGGACCUGGAAGAAAGGUAAUGAUUUCUCAGCGGACUUCGACAUGAAGCGCCCGAGGGCUGCUAGCCGACCGGUGAGAAUCUGGACUUCUUUCACCGAUCUCGGGGGCUCCAUGUCAAGUAUCGCUCUCACCUUCUCGGGAUUUGGCUCAAUCCCUCUUCGUGUGACCAUGUAUCCUAGGAACUUGCCUCCCUGGACAGCAAAGGUACACUUCUUUGGGUUCAGGCGCAGUCGCACUGCCUUCAUGAUCCCGAAAAUCUCUGCCAAGUCAUCUGCGUGGUCGGCCGCCUGGGUGCUCUUGACGAUCAUAUCGUCGACGUAUGCUUCCAUGUUCCUUCCGAGCACCUUCCGGAAUACUUUGGCCACCAUCCUCGUGUACGUUGCCCCGGAAUUCUUUAGCCCGAAGGCCAUGACAAGAUAGCAAAAAAUUCCCUCCGGGGUAACGAACGAGGUCUUCUCCGCGUCAUCUUCAUGCAUAAAAAUCUGGUGGUACCCUCGAAAGGCGUCCAUGAAGCUAAGGAGCUCACACCCGGCCGUCCCAUCGACUAGUUGGUCGAUGUUAGGUAACGGGAACGGAUCCAUAGGACACGCCUUGUUGAGGUCGGUGUAGUCGACACACAUCCUCCAGGUCGGCGGCUUCGGGGCUAGGACCACGUUCGCCAACCACACUGGGUAUAGGACCUCCCGAAUGUGUCCGAUACUCAGGAGCAUGUUGACCUCCUUCUUCACGAAUUCCCUCCUUUCGAUGGAGAGAUGUCUUCUCUUCUGCUGAACAGGUUUUGCCGACGGGUUGACCGCCAACCGGUGGACAGCGAUGCUUCGGUCGAGGCCGGGCAUGUCCUCCGGCCCCCAUGCGAAGACAACGCUGAAGAGGAUCAAGACUCGGAUGAUUUUUUCCCUCAAGUCGGCCGUGAGGCCGGUUCCAAUCUUGACCUUCCGCUCUGGUUUCUCAGGGUCAAUCUGGAUUUCCUCCACGUCUGAAGUGGGUUCAGCACGGAGCUGACCCUCCUCAUACUUCAUGGCCUUGUUGUUGAUAGUAUGGACUCUCAAGUCCUUCUGGCCGAUUUGCUUGCAAGCUUUUAGAUAGCAGCUCCUAGCCAUCCGCUGGUCUCCCCUAGCAACUCCGACACCAUUCGGAGUGGGGAACUUCAUGCACAGGUGCUCCUGGGAUAUCACACACCUCAGGUCCUCCAGGGCCGGCCUCCCCAUGAUGAUCUUAUGCGGACAAGUUAGGCGUACGACUAUGAAUUCGACACUUAACUUGGAUACGCAGGGCUCGGAGCCCACUAUCACAGGGAGGACUAUACUGCCUUCUGAUUCAAUGGAGUCCCCAGUGAAGCCUGAGAGCGGGGUUCUUACCGGGUUCAAGUCCUUUCUGUCCAAGCCGAGCCCCUGGAAGGUAUCAUAGUACAUGAUGUUAACGGAGCUCCCGUUGUCUACCAGGACCCGAUGGAUGACAGUGUCGUUGAUCUCGAUCUUGAUCAUCAAGGCGUCCCUGUGCGGAGGCGGCAUCGGUGGUAAAUCUGCAUCAGUGAAGAAGAUGGGAUCCCUCUUCACCUUCUUGUCGGCGGGAGUCCUGGUUAUCUCCCCGAUGUAUAGGGCUCGGGCCCAUUGCUUCCGCUCUCCCGAGGUAUCACCUCCUUGGGGUCCCCCGAAGAUGUAUGAGCACCGAUGGUGCUUGCGGGAUCCAUCCCCCAGGUCGGCCUCAUCAUCCUCCGAAAGGGCGCCGAGCUCUCGCUUCUUGGCGGGUUGCUUCUCCUUUGACGUGGCAGCCUGGUCGGACCGCUGCCACGUCAGGCUCCUCUUCUGCGGAAUGUUUCCUGGUUUGCCAACAAAUUGGCCCAGGUACCCUUUUUGGAUGAGUUCUUCAAUUUGCCGUCGGAGAAUGACGCAAUCAUCUGUAUCAUGCCCUGCUCUCCGGUGGAAUCGACAAUAUUGGUCGAGGUUGCGCUUGGCUGUCACCACAUCACACUCCUCCGGAAAGUCAACUAAGCCUUGCUCCUCCACGUAGUCGAAGACGGCCUCGAUCGGUUGAGCAAGUGGAGUCAAUUGUUUGACGGGCAGGAGCGGUCCGCUCGGGACGUCCGCCCUGCCCUUGCCUUUGCUCUUGUUACCUUUAUACUUGUUUUUGUUGCCAGCCUUGCCGUCAGCUUUCUCGGCACCAGAACCAGCUUCCUUCUUCUUCUCCUCCUUUGCGCCUUCUUCCUCAUCUCUCCUCCUCUGCACGGCAUCUUCCGCCUCGGCUUGGCGAUCGGCACGACCGAGCGCUUCUUCGUACGUGGUGGGGGGACUUCUGACAAAAUCUUUGUAAAGCUCACCAGACCGGAUGGAGUUUGUGAGCAUGGCCACCCCGGUCUUGUCAUCAAGGCCCUGGACCUUGAUUGACUCAGCCCUCCACCUCGCUAAGAAGGCGGACAAUGAUUCCUUCUUCCCCUGUUUUAGGCCGAACAGGUGGCUGAAGUUUCUCUUGACGUCUCGGGAGCUCGCAAACCUUAAGAGAAAGCGCUGAGCCAACUCGCGAAAGUUCAUGAUACUCCCAUCAGGCAGAGAGUCGUACCACUCACGAGCUGGGCCGUCCAAGGUGGCAGAGAAACCGCGACAUCGGAUGGCAUCCUCAUACCCCAUCAUCACCAUGUAGGAGAGGUAUCGAGAUACAUGAUGUUGGGGGUCAGAGGCGCCCUUGUAUGUUUCGAUGGUGCAAGGCUUGUAGCCCCUUGGCAACGGCGCAUCCAUGACCGCCCGGGUGAAAGGUUCGGGUAUCCGGAGGUCGGCCGUGUAGGGCUCCCCCCCGACGACCCUUCUCCUCAACUCGUCAAGGCGUUGUCGUAGAUCUUCCACCUCGGCCGGCGGUGGGUUCCCUCGGACAGCCCUAGCACGGGGCUGGGCAUGUCCAGCAGCACCUCCAAGUCGCCUGUGUGCAUGAGGUCGGGUCCCCACGUUUUGCCUUCCCAUGGAGCCAGUCCGGCUGCUCGCUCGGUGAGAGUGGCGAGAGGACUCGCCUCCUUCCAUCUGCAUUGAGCGCCCCUGCUGGGCGCCCCUCCCCGCCUGCUGAUGGGGUCGGCUGAGCUGCUGGGAGACUUCCUCCCUCCUGUUUUGGUCGGAUCCAGAACGUCGCUCGUCACGCCGCCUGGAGGACACCUCCACAUCUGCCGGCGUCUGUUGGCGGGCAGGCUCAUCCACGUUUCCGCCAGACACCAUCUGUUGGAAACCUUGAGUCAAGGCCCCCAGAACCCGAGUCGCCUCCUGUAGGGCCUCCACCCCGGCAUUGAGUCGAACCGGGUCCAUGCGCGGAGCAUGACGUCGGCCUCCCCCCCGCCGGCUGCGGGCCGAGCGCUCACCUUGGGUGUGGUUGAGCGUCACCCUCAGGUCGCCGUGGCCUGACAAUCGGUUCCGAAGGUCGCCUUGGGGCGCCGCCCCCCUGCCCUGUCCAUGGUUGUCGAGGGCACGCUGGCGGCCUGACCCGGUGGAUUCCUCGGUGUGGACUGAGACAUGGUCACGUCGGGACGAGAUUCCGGCCAUCUUUCUGUGCGAUUCCUGCUCAAGUGAUUGUGAGAGACAAUAGAGGCUCUCAAUGAAAGCACCAAUGUUGGUCCAAAAUAGGACGCUCGUAGGCUUUUAGGAAAGCU